GGGCGUUGAGGCUGGGCCGGCAUGCGAGCGGCGGCCGCGCGGUGAAGAGGGGCUGCGGGGGGGCGGAGGGUGGGGAAGGAGGAGGAGAAGGGGACCCCCCCGGCUUGCUCGGGAGCCCCCCGGCCGCCGUUUCCCCAGCGAGCCGCUGCCUCGCCUCGCCUCGUUCUUCCCGUCCCGUCCCCUCCCCGGCGCCCCAUGAGGCGCCGCCGCUGAGCCCCGCGGAGCCCGGCCCGGCCGUCGGAUGAGCCCGGGGGAGGCGGAGGAGGGGAUCCCGGGGGGGAUCUAGCUCGGCCGCCGCCACGCCGCCCCCCGGUCCUUCAUGCUGGCUGCCCGCGACCACCGGCUCCCAGCAGCAGCAGCAGCAGCAGCAGCAGAAGCCCGGCCCGGCCCCAGUGCUUGUGCGCCGCCCCGGCAGCGCUGCCGCCCGAGCCCAGGAAAAUGUCCACUCGGACCCCGCUGCCCACGGUGAACGAGCGCGACACCGAGAACCACACGUCCCAUGGAGAUGGACGGCAGGAAGUUUCCUCUCGAACUGGGCGGUCCGGAGCUCGUUGCAGGAAUUCUAUAGCUUCCUGCGCCGAUGAGCAGCCGCAUAUUGGAAAUUACAGACUCCUCAAAACGAUUGGAAAGGGGAAUUUUGCAAAAGUAAAGCUGGCAAGGCACAUCCUUACAGGCAGAGAGGUUGCCAUAAAAAUAAUUGACAAAACACAGCUGAAUCCAACUAGUCUACAAAAGCUCUUUAGAGAAGUAAGAAUAAUGAAGAUCUUAAAUCAUCCAAAUAUAGUGAAGUUAUUUGAAGUCAUUGAAACUGAAAAAACUCUCUAUUUAAUAAUGGAAUAUGCGAGUGGGGGGGAGGUGUUUGACUAUCUGGUUGCACAUGGAAGAAUGAAGGAAAAGGAGGCUAGAGCUAAAUUUAGACAGAUAGUAUCUGCAGUGCAGUAUUGCCAUCAAAAGCAUAUCGUUCAUAGAGAUCUCAAGGCUGAAAAUCUAUUACUAGAUGCAGAUAUGAACAUUAAAAUAGCUGACUUUGGUUUUAGCAAUGAGUUUACAGUUGGAAAUAAACUGGACACCUUUUGUGGCAGCCCACCAUAUGCUGCUCCAGAACUUUUUCAAGGGAAGAAAUAUGAUGGACCUGAAGUAGAUGUUUGGAGUUUAGGUGUUAUUCUUUAUACCCUUGUGAGUGGAUCUCUUCCUUUUGAUGGACAGAACUUAAAGGAACUUAGAGAAAGAGUGCUAAGGGGAAAAUACAGGAUUCCUUUCUACAUGUCCACAGACUGUGAAAACCUCCUCAAACGUUUCCUGGUGCUAAACCCAACGAAAAGAGGCACUCUAGAGCAAAUUAUGAAGGACAGGUGGAUCAAUGCAGGGCAUGAGGAGGAUGAACUCAAACCUUUUGUUGAACCAGAACUAGACAUCUCGGACCAGAAAAGAAUAGAUAUUAUGGUAGGAAUGGGAUAUUCUCAAGAAGAAAUUCAAGAAUCCCUUAGUAAAAUGAAGUAUGAUGAAAUCACAGCUACGUACUUACUGCUAGGAAGGAAAUCAUCAGAGUUGGAUGCAAGUGAUUCAAGCUCCAGCAGCAAUCUUUCACUUGCCAAAGUUAGGCCAAGUAGUGAUCUAAAUAAUAGCACUGGACAAUCUCCUCAUCACAAAGUUCAGAGAAGCAUAUCUUCUAGCCAGAAGCAGCGUCGGUACAGCGAUCACGCUGGACCAUCCAUCCCCCCAGUAGUGGCAUAUCCCAAAAGAAGCCAGACUAGCACUACAGACAGUGACCUCAAAGAGGAAGGAAUUCAAUCAAGAAAAUCUAGCAGUAGUGCUGUUGCUGGAAGAGGAAUUGCACCAGCUAGCCCAAUGCUUGGAAAUGCCAGCAAUCCAAAUAAGGCUGAUAUUCCUGAACGUAAGAAAAGUUCAGCUGUUCCUAGUAAUAAUACUGCCCCUGGAGCAAUGACACGGCGCAACACAUAUGUUUGUAGUGAAAGAACCACUGCUGAUAGGCAUUCAGUGAUACAAAAUGGCAAGGAGAACAGCACUAUUCCCGAUCAAAGAACUCCCGUUGCUUCAACUCACAGCAUAAGCAGUGCAACCACACCUGAUCGUAUUCGUUUCCCCAGAGGAACGGCUAGUCGGAGCACUUUCCACGGCCAGCUCAGAGAGCGUCGCACUGCUACCUACAACGGACCCCCGGCCUCCCCCAGUCUGUCCCACGAAGCGACGCCGCUCUCUCAGACUCGAACCAGGGGUUCCACUAAUCUAUUUAGCAAACUAACUUCGAAACUAACAAGAAGAAACAUGUCAUUCAGGUUUAUCAAAAGGCUCCCGACUGAAUAUGAGAGGAACGGGAGAUUUGAGGGCUCAAGCCGCAAUGUAGCUGUGGAUCAGAAGGAUGAAAACAAGGAAGCCAAGCCUCGCUCGCUGCGUUUUACGUGGAGCAUGAAAACCACCAGCUCCAUGGAUCCCAAUGACAUGAUGAGGGAAAUCCGAAAGGUCCUGGAUGCCAAUAAUUGUGACUAUGAACAGAGAGAGCGUUUCUUGCUUUUCUGCGUCCAUGGAGAUGGGCAUGCGGAAAACCUUGUACAGUGGGAGAUGGAGGUGUGUAAACUGCCAAGACUGUCCCUGAAUGGAGUUCGCUUUAAGCGGAUAUCGGGAACAUCCAUAGCUUUUAAAAACAUUGCUUCCAAAAUUGCCAAUGAGUUAAAGCUGUAACAAGAAAAAUAGUUAAGUUGUAAAUUAGUUAGCAAGUGUUUUUGAGAAUUCCAAUGGAAAUGUAUAGAAUAACAUUUAGGCAAUAACUUCUGCAUCCUUCUGAAUAGUGAUAUUAAAAAAAAAGCUGCUGAGCUGGGAGGGAGAGUUGGACUUUUUUAUAAGUGCACUACAGCAUUAAAGUUGCCUACUAUGUAAAAUAUUACCCCUUCUGCUUUAUUUCCAUUGCUCCUAAGUCUUUGACAACAAAUUGAAACACAGAAUAUAUUCAUUUAAA